AUGGAGGUAGACCAAAAUAAGGAGGCGCGUGCGGCCGGUCUUCCGGAAGUUGAUGGUUUCGCUUCCUGGGGGAGAUCUGACACCGACCUGGGACUGGAGCGCGGGUCCGAGUUGAUCACCUGCCGCGCGGCUGACCCAGACUGGUGUAAACGGAGGGCGGAAGGCGAACUGGCGGGCUCCCGGGCUCGAUGGUCAGAGACAGAGUGGGAAAAACUGAGAGGUGAGAGACACUACUCUACCACUUGUGAAACUUUCCUCUGUAGAAUCCUGCUUAUAUUUGAAAUGCAGUUAACACAUCAGCUAGACCUGUUUCCUGAAUGCAAGGUGACCCUGCUAUUAUUCAGAGAUGUGAAGAAUGCUGGAGACUUGAGGAAAAAGGCUAUGGAAGGUGCCAUUGAUGGCGCAUUAAUAAACCCUACAGUGAUUGUUGAUCCAUUUCAGAUACUUGUUGCAGCAAAUAAAGCAGUUCAUCUCUACAAACUGGGAAAAAUGAAGACAAGAACUUUAUCUACUGAAAUUAUUUUCAACCUUUCCCCAAAUAACAAUAUUUCAGAAGCUUUGAAGAAAUUUGGGGUCUCAGCAAAUGACACUUCAAUUCUAAUUGUUUAUAUUGAAGAGGGAGAAAAGCAAAUAAAUCAAGAAUACAUUAUAUCUCAGGUAGAGGGUCAUCAAGUUCCUCUGAAAAAUCUUCCUGAAAUAACAAAUAUUACAGAAGUCAAAAAGAUAUAUAAACUGUCUUCUCAAGAAGAAAGUAUUGGGACAUUAUUGGAUGCUAUCAUUUGUAGAAUGUCAACAAAAGAUGUUUUAUGAAAUGACAUACUGACAAAUUUUAAGCAUUUGUAAAAACAUUGAUUUUCUUUUUCUGAUAAAAUUAGUAUAAGUUCAUGGUAAAAAAAUUUAAAAGCAGAAUGGUAUGAAAAUAUUCUCAAACCCUGCCUUUUAAUAUUGUAAAGAAUAACUAGUGAUACUGUUAUGUAUAAUUGUUUCCUAUUUAUAUUUCAAAUAAAUUUUAUUUUUUGUCAUUGGAACAAUAA